AUGAGUGUUUACUUCACGGCAGUGUGCAAGGACAACCGUGAUUGCGAUGACCUCCCCGGAAGUCAGUGCUACAACUCCUCCGUGCUGAGGGACUGCUGCCACACGUGCGAGGAUCACGAGGUUCAGCUGCCCAUAGCCGACUGCAAGUACGGAAACCACAUCGACACGUGCGAUGUACAGGACGGCAGGCAGUGCUACAACACCACAGUGCUCAAGCAGUGCUGUGCCACUUGCCAUGGCUAUGACACGCAGAUACCAGACUGCAAAUACGGAAACAAGAAGCCUUCUUGUCGGGUAGAGCUCUGUUCAAACUACACCCUUGUCGAUAGGGCGGACUGCUGCAAGACAUGCAAGGGGUUGUUCAUCAAUAACACACAGCAGGCGACCACGGGAAUGCCUAGGACAACGUUGGGGCCUACACUGGAAGGUCCAGGAGCUGUGACGGAAGGGCUGAAAAAUAAAGCGGACACAGAAUCACUUCCAGACUGGGUGGUCCCAACGAUUACAACAGGGGGCCUGGCCCUGUUGGUUCUCGCCGUCAUUCUUGCAGUGUUUAUUCUACGUCGAAGUCGGAAAAGAAGUGCAGCCAAGUCAUCCUCUCUCAGCAUGGCAACAGUUGAUAGCAACCUAAGCCAUCGCGCCCCCGCCCCCCUUCCCCGCCCCGACAGCACCAAAGCCGAAAGCGUCCGGGAGCAGACCCCUAGUGAGGAAUAUGACUACAUUGGCCAGGAAUAUAUCGAACAUGCGGGCAGGUAA